GUUGGAUAGUAGCAGCGUACAGGAUAAAAACAUUCAGGAAUUAGAUGCAAGUAUGUCAUCACUGGAUCUGGAUGUCAUCAGUGAAGAUGAACUUAACAACAUUAAAAACUCAAUUAUCGAGUGGGAAGAUGACACCUGGUGUCCUGAUAUGGAGACAAAGUCUGUGUCAUCAUUUGAAGAAGACGAAACAAAGGAAAUAGAUACAGACUAUGAUGACAGUGAUGAUGAGGACUAUAUGCCACAUAUUUGUGUGCGGACUGGCGGUGCUCUGAAGACUCCGAUUUGUCUGAAUUCCCUUCAAACAAUUAGUAUGGAGGACACUGUGCACGAUGCUGAAGACAACUCCCAAGACCCUACUAUUGCAGACAUACAUCCAAUCCCAGAGACUGCUAAAAUCAUGGUUGAGGAUGACAUAAUUGGCCAGCCAGCAUCUAUAACAUACCACAGUUGUCUGAAGCUGCUUGCUGAAUAUCUUGUUCUACCUGUGAACAUGUGUACUGCUAAGUACACAAACACAAAUGCAGAGUGUGGGGCACAUAAACCAUUUGAGGUCAACAUCCAUUCCGGGGGUACAGCUGCAAUUGUGGAAUGGAUAUGUUGUAAUGGUCACACUGUUUGGAAAUGGUCUGAUGUCUGGCAUGGGUCCAAAAACUUGAGCAAAAAAAUUCACGCAGCAGGGCAGCAAAAGGGGUGUGCCAUUCUCCAGAUGUGGAAUAAAGACAUCUGCAACCACUUCUGGUACUGCUGUAAGACGGCAGAUACCUAUGAAGAGUUUAUUGACAUGUGGGUGGGAGUCCUGCACCAUGUCACAGGAGAACACACGUGGGCUCUUGGUGAGUGUAAACAUGGCCCCUUGCUGGACGACAGAGAUAAAGAAUUGAUUGAGAGUGGUUCAGUGGCACAUGAGAGGCUGGCUGAAAUUAUUCUCGAUGAACGCUGGCUGAAGGUCGUCCCCAAGUAUCUGAAUUUCAGGUCAACUGCAGAUUUGGAGUCGUUUCACAACCACAUACUGAUGUAUGCCAGCAAGCGCUUCAGCUUUUCCCCACCAGUUUAUAUGCUGCUCGUACCGAUGCUGGCUGGCCUCGAUUACACGCCAUCUUCUCCAUAG